AUGUCAGGUUUUGCAAGCUUCGCACAGAACAGUAAAUCUAUGAGGGGGAGGAAUAAUAGUAUAAGGACGCAUAAGGAAGGGCUGGCUGGGCUACUUUCCCCAAGAGUUGGGGAUCCACCAGCUCUUCUAUACGAUCCUUCUCCUUCUUUGGAACAGCCAUUGUAUGAGAGAAGUCUUAUCCGUAUGGUAUGUAGCCACUAUCGGUCUAGUGUAGCGUGUCUCUCUUCACGGGAUCCUCUGCCCUGUACAGAGCUGAUCACCCAAUCACAGCCGUCUUGUGCUUGCAAGUCUCGAUUGCCCUCAAAGCGUAGCCUUUGCUACCUCGGUCUGGAAUCUAAUCUAAGGAUCUUUCUCAGUACCGCUGACGGUGGCGUAGGAAAGACUGCUCAAGAGACACACUGGAUCCCGACUCUGCGCUGGUCCCUACUUCCGAUGUCCCCGGCUGUAUCGAGUCCCGUGGAUCUUGCAUUCGUUCUGAGCGUGGAAAUCUUCUUUGCUUUCUUUAAGUUCCUUUCUGUCCAUGCUUGGGGUUCCGGAUCUAUAUCUAUCACCAUUGGCCUUUGCUUGAGCCCUUCGGUUAUCAUUCCACGUGAGGAAACCCGGGAAAAGCUUAACCUCAGCGUACCAAGGCCGCCCAUUUGGAGGAUAAUCGUAUCGGCCCUUCCAGCAGCCCGUCGAGCAGUCGAAGUAGUGGAUUCUGUUCAAUCGGCUAAGAGGCAAGAACCCCCUGAUCUGAUGGGGGGAAUUCCUAUGAAAGAGGCUCACUUGGAAGGAGCGAUAUCUAGCAAGUCUUCCGUGAGUGAAUGGUCUCAUCCAGUUCACGAUCCGUAUGUAGGUAUGUCCAGCGGUCCAGCCAGCGUAGGCUACUCUUUUUCUGUUAGUCCAUCCAGUCGGUCAGUUGAUAGUUUGAUCGAGGGCAUGAAGGCUAAGUGGGAGAAGUGGUCCAAAGCGAGAGUCUUUCGGGAUGGUCUUGGGCUUUGGGAAGAUGCUGGGCCCGACUAUGAGCCUGGUCUAAGCUAG